AUGGACAACUUCGAGUACAAGUUGGCCAACACCCCAGUGGCCUUGCCGAACUGGGCAGACUACAUUGUUGGAGGUGUCAUCGCCGUGGCUUUCGUCGUGGCUUUGGGAAUUGGGGGACUCCAGCUUCCCUCGCUGGACGAGCAGUUUUCCUUGGAGCGCACUGAGCGCAGAGCUCCGAGCAAGUUCGUUGUCAUGCCAAGCUACCGCACUUCUCCGGAGACGAGGGAAGCGAUGCAAAGCUCGCCGAAGGUCAUACCAGCCGCCCCUGAAACUCCUGAGCCGGCGACAGAGGCAGUGGUCCCAGUCAUAGCGGAGGCAACUUCGCAAGAGUGA